CGUGGCCGAUCGUCGUGCUACGUUUCACGGAUCUGUUGCAACUUACCGGCGCGGCUCCGAUUUCCCGUUCGAUCCGCCGGGCUCUUUUUCGUCGGCCAUCGAUGCGCUUCUCAGCGGGAAGCUCCGUUGCAGAAAAGCGGACGUGCGAACGCGGGGAAGUCCCGGGUGCAAUGAGAAAGUGCAGUUACUCCGUGCUGCCUUUUCGAAUUCCAAACGGCACGCUUGUUCCGCCGAAUGGCACGCUAUUGGAAGUGGCUGUCGCGGGGUGGAAUUGAACGGAAAUGGCAAUAGGGCUGACCAGUGUGCUCAGUACCACGUCAAUCCUCGGAUUCAGCCUAAUUCCUCUCCUGGCGAUCGGCUUGUCCGUAUUCCGGUACAAUCAAGCCGACCCGGAAUCUCAUCCGACAAACACCCGCCAGUUACUACGAACAUAUGACUUCAUAGUGGUAGGAGGAGGAAGCGCCGGAGCGGUGGUCGCGUCGAGGUUGUCCGAGAUGAUGAAUUGGACGGUGUUACUUCUAGAAGCGGGCGGCGACGAGAACGAGAUCUCGGAUAUUCCGCUGCUGGCGGGAUACACGCAGCUUUCGGAGUUCGAUUGGAAAUAUCAGACCUCGCCGCCGACCGUCUCCGCUUACUGCCUCGCCAUGAUCGGCGACAGAUGCAACUGGCCACGCGGCAAAGUCCUGGGCGGCAGCAGCGUGCUGAACGCUAUGGUCUACGUCCGGGGUAAUCGGCGCGACUACGACAACUGGGCAGCCCUGGGCAACACGGGCUGGAGCUACGCGGAAGUGCUGCCGUACUUCCUGAAAUCAGAGGACAACCGCAACCCCUAUCUAUCGAGGACGCCGUACCACAGCACGGGCGGCUACUUGACCGUUCAAGAGGCUCCGUGGCGAACGCCGCUGUCGAUAGCGUUCUUGCAGGCCGGGCAAGAGCUCGGCUACGAGAACCGCGACAUAAACGGCUCGAACCAGACCGGCUUCAUGCUAACGCAGGCGACGAUCCGCCGGGGCAGCCGUUGCUCGACGGCGAAGGCGUUCUUGAGACCGAUCAAGAACAGGGAGAACCUGCACAUAGCGAUGAACGCGCAGGCGCUGAGGGUGCUGUUCAACGAGGACAAGAGAGCGACCGGGGUCGAGGUCCUCCGCGACGGCAGGCAGCAGACCAUAAGAGUCAGAAGGGAGGUCGUCCUAUCAGCCGGCGCGAUCAAUUCGCCGCAGCUGUUGAUGCUGUCGGGCAUCGGCCCCAGGGAGCACCUAGCGGAGUUCGAUAUACCGGUGAUAUCUGACCUGCGGGUCGGCGACAACCUCCAGGACCACGUGGGUCUGGGUGGGCUGACGUUCCUCCUCAACGAGCCCAUCAGCCUGAAGAAGGAGCGCUUCCAGACGAUGCCGGUGAUGAUGGAGUACGUGCUGAACGAGAGAGGCCCGAUGACCAGUCCCGGCAUCGAGGGCCUGGCCUUCGUCAACUCCAAGUACGCCGAUCCCUCCGGAGACUAUCCCGAUAUCCAGUUCCACUUCGCCCCCAGCUCGGUGAACUCGGACGCCGGCGACCAGAUCAGGAAGAUCGUGGGGCUGAGGGACAGGGUGUACAACACCAUGUACAAACCUCUGCACAACGCCGAGACCUGGUCCAUCCUGCCGCUGCUGCUCAGGCCCAGGAGCUCCGGCUGGGUCCGCCUGCGCAGCAGGAAUCCUCUGGCUGCUCCCGACAUCAACCCUAAUUACUUCACGCACAAAGAGGACAUGGACGUCUUGGUCGAGGGCAUCAGGAUCGCCAUGCAGGUCUCGAACACGUCGGCCUUCCAGAGGUUCGGGUCCAGGCCGCACACCAUUCGCAUGCCCGGCUGCCAUCGGUAUCCUUUCGACACCUACGAGUACUGGGAGUGCGCGAUCCGACAUUUCACGUUCACGAUCUAUCAUCCGACCGGCACCUGCAAGAUGGGCCCGAGGACUGACCCGACCGCGGUCGUGGACCCCAGGCUGAGGGUCUAUGGAGUGAAGGGGCUGAGGGUGGCCGACGCUUCUAUCAUGCCCGUGAUCGUCAGUGGCAAUCCGAACGCGCCCACGAUCAUGAUCGGGGAGAAAGCCAGCGAUAUCAUUAAGGAAGACUGGUUGUACAGGAAAAGACGAUACGUGGGCAGAUGAGGUAUUGGGAGAGGUUGAUUGGAACGUUGCUGUCUGAGUGCUUGUUCCGUUGUUCACCGAUCGAGCAUGCUUUGGAGUUUGCGGUUUAUGAGUGGCAUGGAUUUUACGCAAUUUCAUAUUUUUAUGUAUUCCUUGGAUGUUUUAGGUAUUUCGUGUUGUUUUAUUUUAUGUCGAAGGGAGCUCGAUGUUCGAUGAAUCGUUUUGAUUUGUUGGAAUUGUGAUCGGUAAUGUGUAAGAGUAACGGUAUCGCGUUUCUAACCGAAACUAAUGUCAGAUUUAGAAAAUUCAGACUCCGCUUUAUCCUGGUCCUGUUGUGUUGCAAGUAAUUAUAAUUUGAUUGUGAAAUGGUUAUUUUAACGAAGCAACGGUUACGAACCAGCGAAAUUGCGUGAAAAUCCGCAGUUCAGUCAUUAUGUAUGCUUCGGACUAUGGGCGAUAAAAUCGGUCGCACGCUUCUGCGAUCGAUUUAUUAGAAUCAUGAUUUACGGUGAACCGUGGAAAAUAUAGAUGAGAAUUGAUUUCCGUAACAGAUUAGCGUUUACGAUCCUCAUUUGUGGGUUAUUAUUUUGAUGUUUGCAUCGCGGAUUUAACGCGGUAGCUAAUGAGUUAACGAGGAAAGCGUAAUACCUUUUAAUGGAGGAAACAUUUUACUGGAAUCAAAUCAUUCCGAUUGAGUCUUGAAAUAUGAACCGUACAAUUAAAUAAUCAUAAACUCUUGUCGAAUCUCAGGUAUCAUUACAGAAAUUAAUGUCUAUCGCUCACCGAGGAGUUCGAGCAUAUUCCGCAGUAUGAGAAACAGUAACUUCUUUCCACCAACGAAACGUGCAACUGCGACGAAUAGUUUAACACUAAUUUAGUAAUAACGUGUUACUAAUACCUCACGCCAAAAACUAACGCUGUCGCUCAGCGAGUAGACAAUAAACACUUCCACGUAAAGUGAACGUUUACUUCUGUAUUUAUCAACGUGCUAUUUAAUUUAAACAGAUUUUAUAU